AUGAGUGAUACGACAGCUGUCAACAAAGCUUACUUUGACGGACUAGCGUCCGAGUAUGACCGCCGCUUCGAGAAGACCAUCAGUCAGCUCGUCAAGGAGAUCCAGAAACGCCGAGACUUCAUCGGCAUUGACUGGGUUCAGGAGGACAGUGAUGACGAAGAUGACAAUGGCGAUACGACCGAGUCGUCUGUUGGCGCUGGCAAGACGGUCAAACUGCUCGACUAUGCUUGUGGCACCGGACUUGUGUCGAGGGGCCUCUCUGCCAACGAGAUGCGAGCCUACCACGGCAACCUGAUAGAUCCAUCGGAUCCUAGCCCUACAGCCCUCGCGGGUGCUGACUUCUCCGGUUUCGACCUCGCCGUUGUGGGUCUCGGUUUCCAUCACUUCGACGAUCCGGAGUACGCCGCCAAACAGCUCGUGGCGCGCCUCAAGCCCGAUGGCGUGCUGCUGAUCAUUGACUUUUUCGAGCACGGCGACCACGGGCACGCGCAUGACGGCAAGCAUGGCCAUGGUCACGGUCACGGUAAUGGUCAUGGUCACGACCACGAGCAUGCCCAUCACCAUGGCAAGCCUGCCAAGGCAGCCACGGAACGUCCGGCCAACGGCGUCAUGCACCACGGCUUCUCGGAAGAGCGCAUGCGGGCCAUGUUCGAGGGUGCCGGCGCCGGGACGAAUUACGCGCUGCAGGAGGUCGGUAGCGGCGUCGUGUUCCACGGCGCAGAUGAGGACCGAAAGCGGCGUGUCUUCAUGGCUCGGGGCACCAAGGCAUAA